AUGGCUGAGAAAGAACCUCAAGAAGGAAACUAUGAUAACAUGGUAAAGAUGAUGGAGGACCUGAACAGGGACUUAGAAAAACUUCUGGAGGAAAUGGAAAAACUAACAGUGCAGGCAGCCUGGAUGGCUUAUGAGAUGGUAGUCAUACGUACCAACCCAGACCUCGCCAACUCCAUGAGCCAUCUGGAAGAAGCCUUCCUGAGCUGCAAAGAAGAGAUGGACAAGAAAUGGCAAGAGGUGCCAAGUGAACCUGAAGGGGAAGAGCAAAAAAAGGAAUAA